CGCCAGCUGAUGCCAUCUUGCCAAAUUACCCACGUUGCCUCGCUUUGCGCAGUCGCACAGUAAUCCACGACGACAUCGCAGCAAUGGAGUCGUACCAGAAUGCACAACAGUACCCGCAGUACAACUAUCCUCAGGAAAUGACUGCGGACACGGUACAGCGUACGCUGUACGUUGGAAACCUCAGUAGACAGGUCACAGAAGAGCUUUUAUUUGGUAUCUUCUCUGAAUUAGGAAGUACAACAUGUAAGAUGAUGAACGAACAUGGAUCAAAUGACCCGUACUGCUUUGUCGAGUUUGAAGACCACAAGAAAGCUAACACUGCUAAAGCAUUAAUGAACGGUAGGAAGCUGUUUGAUAAGGACAUCAAAGUGAACUGGGCUACCACACCAAGCGCAAAGCGUGACACAAGUGGGAUGCACAGAGUCUGUAAACCUCUUGAAUUGUAA